AUGAUGGGCUACCCAACAUUCCUCCGUGGCGGACCCCCGGUCGGCAUGUCUAUGCGUCGCUUCGAUGAAUACUAUCGUUGUUAUCCUGUGAUCAUGAUGAACGGCCCUGAUCGGAAGAACGUGAACUACGGCGGAAAGGUGUUUUUGCCACCAUCAGCGCUGGACAAGUUGACAAAAUUGCACAUCGCAUAUCCGAUGCUGUUCGAACUCAUAAACGGCAACGCGGGGAAGAGGACACAUGCAGGCGUUCUAGAGUUCAUAGCCGAAGAAGGCAGGAUCUAUUUGCCGCAAUGGCUGAUGAAGACUCUCGAUCUUGACCCCGGAGACCUAUUACAGGUCAAGUCAACCGAUCUCCCCCCGGGCAAGUUCAUCAAGCUACAACCCCAAUCACCUGCAUUCCUAGAGAUCUCUGAUCCACGAGCCGUACUCGAAAACGCCUUCCGAAACUUCUCCUGUCUCACCAAGGGAGACAUCUUUACCUUUGAAUACAACGAUCAGACAUAUGACAUUGCUGUGUUGGAGAUAAAGCCUGACACGGACUCACAUGCUAUCGUAACAAUGGAGACCGAUCUGGAAGUUGACUUCGCACCACCAGUUGGUUAUGUACCUCCUGAGCGGACAAGCGGCACCAGCACGCCUCGAAGUGGCGCGGGCAAACCCCAUGGAGGUCCGAUUCACUUUCAAGGAACAAUGGCGCAGUCAAUCAACUAUGCUAGCAUAGCACCAUCUUCAGACACUGCUGCAGCCGGUGCUCGGGCAGUGUCGUCGAAUUUCCUGUAUGGCGGCCACAAACUCAGUUCAAAGAAGGGCUCCAAAGCACCAACGCCAAAUGCGUCCACCCCGGUGGCGGGCGCAUCUACCAAUGCGCCAACGUCCGCAGUCAUCCGACGCGGUACUGGGCCUCAACCCCUUCGACUACCGCCAGGGAAGCUAUUCUUCGGGUUUGAGGUGAAACCACUUCGAAAGCGAGACGAAAGCGGGGAACCGGUGCCACCCGACGAGAUGAAGCCACGAUUUCAAGGGCAGGGCCAGACAUUGAGAGCGAAGAAGCGCACUGUCGGGAUGGAUAGUGGCACAGGCAGUAUAGUCAACAGCGACACAGAGGCGACGGGUAAAGGCAAAGCUGAACAAGCAGCCAAAGGACGGCCGCCCACUUGA